AUGUCUCUACUCGUUAGUGCUAAUAAUAAUACAAUGAUGAUUGAGAUGGUAAACAAUUUACCUUCCGAAUUGAUUCAGAGUAUAAUUGAAUUUCUAGAUGAUAGGUCGAGGAGAAGCUUUGCACUUUCUUGUAGGCUUUUUCAAUACUUGGCCAUUCAGGUGGAGAAGAGAGAAUUUAGGAAUUGGCUCCUGAUUAUUAAUUCAUUCCUCAUACAACGAAUGGAGAGAAGGAAAUACAAUAAUUUGACUUUGGAAGAUGAGGAUGAAAAAUUGAACGAAACAAUGGAGGUGAUGGGAAUUGAUUCAUUAUAUGCUCAAGAGUUUUUCAAAUUGUUUAUUGUGCCAUCAAAGCAUGAGAGGAAACAAGAGGCAAUUAAAGAGUUUCAUCCCAGUAAAAGUUUAUGGCCAGUUGAAGAGUGGACGAGUCAAGUCAAUUCGGAAGGAAAGUUGGUGUGGACGAUUGGAGAUGGAAUAGCAAUGUGUGAUUCAAUGGUUUCUUGGAGAAAGCAAUUUGAACAUUUCAAGUAUUGGAUUUUGAGAUUUAGGAAGGAUAUGUUUAAGGAUAGUGCUGUAAAUAAUUUGGAUUUUUUGAAUUUAAUGAGCUUGAAAAGUUCGCUCUAUAAGAGUAUUACAUUUGUGAUAAAGAAAGAUUCAGAGCCGUUUGCUUUUAUUUCAAAGGAAAUUAAAUCGAAUAGGGGUUUCAUUUUGAAAUGUGUUAGAAGAAAUCCAGCUAUUUUCAAAUAUCUUGUGGAUAUGUAUAAUAAUGAUUUAGAAAUUGUACAGAUAGUUGCCCAGAAACAUCCUGCAGUGAUAAAGGUGGUCUCUGAAAAAUUACGAGAUAAUGAUUCUCUGGCAAGGAUAGUUCUUCCAUUAGAUGGAAUGUGCAUUAAGGAAUUUUCAGAGAGAAUUAGAGGUACUUUAGAAUUUGGAUUAUUAGCAGUUUCGUCAUUUGGCUCGUCACUACAAUACUUGCAUGAUGACUUGAAGCAAAACAGAGAUUUGGUACUAGAGAUUGUAUUGCAAGCUGUUAGAAAUUAUGGGCAUAAUCUUAUUUUAGCGAGUGAUGACCUCAAACGAGAUAGAGAAAUUGUUAUGACGGCUGUUAGCCAAGAUCCAACUGCAUUUGGAUGCCUAUACAAAGCAAGAGAUCCAGACAUUAUCAUACAUUGGGGAGAAGAUGAAGAACUUGUAUUACUGUCCCAAAAUAUUACUUUUGCCUCUGAAAGACUAAGAUCUUGCAAAUCCUUUGUAUUGAGAUUUAUUGAAAUUAAUCCUAAUUCGUUCAAUUAUAUAUCCCCCGAAUUGAUGAAAGACAGAGAGGUUGUUUUGGCAUUAGUGAAACGACAAGGCUCCAUGUUGGAAUAUGUGAAUACAGAGUACAGAAGUAAGCCAACAACACACGACACAGAAGAGACAAUUUCUAAUAGAGACAUUAUCAUGGAAGCCGUUAAUUCUGAAGGAUAUGCUCUCAGAUUUGCAAGCUUUGAGUGGAGAAAUACAUUCGAGGUUGUCAUGAAGGCAGUGCAAAAUGAUGGUCUAGCCCUAAAGUAUGCCUCCAAUGAAAUGAGGGAUUGUGCUGAAAUUGUCAUUGAAGCAAUGAAGAGGGAUUAUAAUGCCUUGGAGUAUGUUUCCCAUCGGCUACAAGUAUCACCAGAAAUUAUUGAACUCUCUCAAGUUCUAAAAGGAAAUUCAAAUUAA